CCGGGCAGACAGAGCGAAAGAGCGGUGGUUUGGUAAGAACAAUAUGAUGCCGAAACGAUCCCGUCUGGGUGACGUCCGCGGGCCAAUUUCGAACGGACCGAUGCAAUCGCGCCCGCUGGUCGCCCUGCUCGAUGGGCGCGACUGUUCGAUCGAGAUGCCCAUACUGAAGGAUGUGGCCACGGUUGCAUUCUGCGAUGCACAGAGCACAUCAGAAAUCCAUGAAAAAGUAUUAAACGAAGCCGUCGGCGCACUGAUGUGGCACACAAUCAUUCUGACGAAGGAGGAUCUGGAAAAGUUCAAAGCCCUCCGGAUAAUCGUCCGGAUUGGCAGCGGAGUCGACAACAUUGACGUGAAGGCGGCCGGCGAGCUCGGCAUCGCCGUCUGCAAUGUGCCCGGGUACGGCGUGGAGGAGGUCGCCGACACGACCAUGUGCUUGAUACUGAACCUUUACCGGCGGACCUACUGGCUGGCGAACAUGGUGCGAGAAGGCAAGAAAUUUACCGGCCCGGAACAGGUGCGAGAUGCAGCGCAGGGAUGUGCCAGAAUACGAGGCGAUACACUCGGGUUGGUUGGACUGGGACGCAUUGGCAGUGCGGUCGCGCUGCGAGCAAAAGUAUUCGGCUUCAACGUGAGCUUCUACGAUCCGUACCUGCCGGACGGGAUCGAGAAAUCGCUCGGACUCAACCGCGUCUACACACUGCAGGAACUGCUGUUCCAUUCCGAUUGCGUCUCGCUGCACUGUACAUUAAAUGAACAUAAUCAUCACCUUAUCAAUGAGUUUACGAUUAAACAGAUGAGACCUGGUGCAUUCCUGGUAAAUACGGCACGCGGUGGUUUGGUGGAUGAUGAGGCGCUGGCCGUUGCACUGAAGCAAGGUCGAAUCCGGGCGGCAGCACUAGACGUUCAUGAGAAUGAGCCAUACAAUGUAUUUCAGGGUGCCCUGAAAGAUGCCCCCAACCUGCUCUGUACGCCACACGCUGCCUUCUACAGCGAAGCGGCCACGACGGAACUGCGCGAGAUGGCGGCAAGCGAAAUCCGACGGGCAAUCAUUGGCAAUAUACCGGAAUGUCUCCGGAACUGCGUGAACAAGGAGUACUUCCUGCGUUCGUCGACGGGCGGUGGUGCCGGCGGAUACUCAGAAGCUGGUAUAAAUGGCGGCUAUUAUUCAGGUGGAUUACAGCAAGCCCAUAGUACAACACCGCUCGAGGCACCUCACAGUGCAGGAUCGCAUGCGCCACCCAGCGGCGGCGGUCCCCCGCCACCGUCCGUUGCCGUAAUACCGCCUGUUUCCGCUGUUACAGCGCCACCACCACAAGCCUCUUAGUGCCCCAGAUCCAAGUAAUCAUCAUUCGGUUAAGCCGGAA